AUGUCAGCAGCAACGACAACCACAGAGUCAGCCACUACGAGCACCGGGUCGGCAACGAAAACAACCGGAACCACCUCUUGUAUUCCAAGACGGAAAACCACCCGUACGCCACCUGCACCGCAGUUGCCGGCUGAGUUUCCUUCAGCCUCUGCAGGACCAAACGACAGAUGUCCAAAAAAUACUGGAAUGGACGAUACUCUCAGAACCAAAUUCUUAGAUAUGCACAAUUAUCGUAGAGCGGAACUUGCGAAAGGAAACGUUGCUAAACGGAACGGGAAUUAUUUACCUCAAUCAUCUGACAUGCAAAGAAUGAGAUACAACUGUGCGCUGGAGAAGGAAGUGAUUGACUAUGUAAGUACCUGCCCUUUAUCCAAAUCAGCUGAAUUCACGCGACCUGAUGUGGGAGAAAAUUUCAUCCGCGUGCCUCAGGAGGGAAUGGCGACGUACUUGCUUGCCGUUGAAAAGGCGGUAACUUUGUGGUGGAAGGUGAUACGCAUUGAAGAGGGUCCUGGUUUGCAAGUUUAUUUCCGACAGAAGCAUGUCGGCACUCCGAUCGAGUCUUUUACACAGAUGGGGUGGUCCACGUCUCGCAAGCUUGGUUGUGCCAUCGCAAAAUGCGGUAGCGAUUAUGUCGCGGUCUGCCGAUAUUCUCCUAGAGGUAAUUAUGUGGAGCAGGUUAUCUACAGAAAAGGAACUCCCUGCACAGCUUGUGCAGCUGGCUCCUGGUGUACGGAAGAUGCACUGUGCACUCUCGAAUGA